CAGCUGGUGACGCGCGGCGCGAGCGGAGGUGCCGCACCGGGUGCGUCCACGGCACCAGAAUAGCCCGUCUUCGCCGCGUGUGGUGAGCGGCGGGGUGUGUGACAGACUGGCGCGGCGGACCAGGACCGAGGGCGGCGGCCCCGGCCCCGCUCGGAUCGCCAGUGGAGAGCGUGCGUCAGACGGGACUGGGUCGGCCCGCAGUGCCGCCGCUGCCACCGACCGCGCUGUGGGACCGUGCGGGGCGCGGCGUGGUGCAGCCGGCACCACUGCUGUGAUGGUAAAACUGUAGCUGGCCUCCCGAUAUGGCCAGCUAGGAGCGGCAGAGGACCGGUCAACUGGCUGUGUUUGCGCCCGGUAUCGACCCUGGCCGCGAGUGUCGCACCGCCCGCGGAGACGGACGUCGGCAGGGCGACUCAGCAUCCGCGUGCAGCGGUGUACGGCGCCGCUGAGAAGAGACUCUCCGUUCGUCAGUCGGCGGGCGCUGCUGGCAUGGGGAGAACCGAGAUGGAGUGGGUGGAGAUCAUCGAACCGCGCACGCGGGAGCACAUGUACGCCAACCUGAUCACGGGCGAGUGCCUGUGGGAGCCUCCUGACGGCGUGCCAGUGAAGCGGACCAGUGACAACCAGUGGUGGGAGCUGCUGGACCAGAACACAUCACGCUUCUACUACUACAACGCCGCCAGCCAGAAGACGGUGUGGCACAAGCCGACCAACUGCGAUAUCAUCCCGCUGGCCAAACUGCAGACGCUGAAGCAGAACACGGAGGCAGAGGAUGAGGACGGUCGGUCGCGGCGCAGCGACGGCUCCCAGACGGCCAGGAAUAACUCGGCUCAGAAGUCGCGCUCCAUGGCCACUAUCCAGACCCAGACGUCGCCGUCGUCGUCGCCGCGGGGCCGUCGGCACCGGCACCAUCACCACCGGCACCAUUGCGGCUCGGAGGGCGGUCAGCCGCCGCCGGCCCGCUCCUCCCGCACCAAGGACGCGUCGUCUCGCCACUCGGCCGUGUCAGACGGCGCCGGCAGCCAGACGGACUGCUCCCAGCGCAGCUGCCGCUGCAGGCCCGCCUAUGCCACCCUCGAGUCGCCCACCAAGCCGAUGCCGCUGCCGGCCGGCCGCAGCGGCGGCGGCGAGCGCCGCUCCUGCCGGCCCGCCCCAGCCGCGCUCACCAAACAGCGCAGCUUCGAGUGCGAGCGACCGGCGCACGGCACGACCGGCAGCGCCGGCUCCGGCUCCGGCAGCGGUAUGCCGCUGGAGCGCGCCCGCGACACGCCCCUCUCGCGCAGCUACAGCUUCAUGCAGCGCCGCGACCGGGCUGUCGACGACGACGCCAUGCACGAGCGGUUCCUGCUGGGCGGUCUGCGCAGCGUCGAGUCGACGCCGCAGCCGCGCCGCCGCUGGGAGCCGCCGCCGCCGGCCGGCCGCGACGCCAGCGCCGGCGUCGACUCGCUCUGCACGCCGCUGAUGAACCGCAAGCCGGGCGGCGGCCGGCCGCGCUUCCAGCUGGACGUGCUGCGCUCGGCGGGCGCCGACAGCGACUCGAGCGGCAGCCCGCCGUCGCCGCAGCGGCCGCUGUUCUCGCCGGGCCGACGCGCCGGCCGCACCUCGGCCGACAGCUCGCCGCACUCGCAGUUCGACUCGGGCGUGGUGUCGACGUCGACGACGGCGGGCAGCCAGCGGUCGGCGGGCCGCGACGCCGCCCGGCCGGCCGCCGACGAGCCCAAGCCAGUGAUCGUGCACGGCGUGACGGCGCGGCCGGAGGAGGCGGCGCCGCGCUCCGGCGCCGCCGACUACUUCUUCGACCCGGCCACGCAGGCCAACCUCAUACCGCUGCACCAGUACAUUCUGGAGCAGGCCAAACUCUCAGGGUACCGUUUCGGUGACACACUCCAGGAUGACCGCGACAGCUGGCGCAGCGAGGACUCGGGUCCGGCGGACGACUCAGACGAGUUUGCUGACGACGAGGGGGUCAGCAACGCCGACUCGUCCGGUCUGGACGACUAUCUGGAGGAGGACGACCGCUACCAGAACUUCAUUCUGCCGCCGCACCUCCGCAACCGGCAGAAACUCAACGGUCGGUCCGAGUCGGACCUGGUGGACGGUGUUGUCGGCGGGGGCGGCACGCUGCCCCGGCUGCCGGCCGCCUCCCCCGGCCCGCCGCCGUACGCCCCCGUCUCCCGGCACGCCUCUCUGAACCGCGGUGGCGGCGGCGGCGGCGGGGGCGGCCGGGGCUCGCUGCCGCCGCCGCCGCUGCCGCUCGUCACCUCCCUGUACUCGCCGAUCGCCGAGCGGACCGGCCCUGCGCCGCCGCCGCCGCACCUGUUUGGAGCCGAGCCGCCGCCGCCGCCGGCCACCGGCAUGCUGAGUAGACUGGCACAGACGUCGCAGUCGUCGCUGGCCAGCAGCUCUGCCAGCACCCUGCCGGACCGGUGCUCUUUGCCCGGCCCCGGUCCCGCCGGAGACACCAGCGACAUCGAAAAGUACGCCAAGGAUAACCUGAACCUGCACAAACGCGGCAUCUUCCGCAAGAAGAACACCGUGCGCGAUAUGCUGUCCUGGUCAAAGGACCCCAUCAGCCAGCCGAUGAUCUGCACACUCGACAAGGCGCUGAAGAAGGACGCCUGCGAGGUCUACAAGCUGAUCCAGAUCUACAUGGGCGACCGCAAGGCCAAGCCGGGCAUGACGCUCAACAGCGUGGGUGCCGAGCUGGCCGGUCUGGGCUGGAGCAAGCCCGGCCUGCGGGACGAGAUCUACGUGCAGGUGUGCCGUCAGACCACUGAGAACCCGCGGCGCGACAGCCUGCGCCGCGGCUGGGAGCUGCUCGCCAUCUGUCUGCAGUUCUUCCCGCCGUCGGACAAGUUCGCCAGCUUCCUUGAGGGCUACAUCGCGCGCCACCGUGACCCGGCCAUCGAGCACCCGGAGCUGGCCAAGUGGCCCGUGCACUCACUGAUACAAGUGCAGAUAUCGCACUACGCCAAAAUAUGCUGCCAAAGACUUGAGCGGAACCUGGGUAAGCGGAAUAACCGGAAGCCAAGUCUGGAAGAGAUCGACUUAGCUCGGUUCCAGAUAUUCCGCUGCAGUAUGUACGGCAGCACUCUACAGGAGGUGAUGGGCAUCCAGCGGGACCGGUUCCCCCACCGGCGCCUUCCCUGGAUCAUCACUACUCUCACAGAAGAGGUGUUGCGACUGCAGGGCGCCCAAACCGAGGGCAUCUUCAGAGUGCCGGCCGACGCCGAGGAGGUGCUCAACAUGAAGCUGCGCACCGACCAGUGGGAGGUACCGGAGAGCUCUGACUGUCACGUGCCGGCGUCGUUGCUCAAACAGUGGUACCGCGAGCUCUGGGAGCCGCUCAUCCCCGAUCGGCUGUACGCCAGCUGCAUCGACAGCUGCUCGGAGCCGCGCCAGCUGCUGGAGCUGGUGCAGCAGCUGCCCGACAUCAACCGGCUGGUGCUCACGUACCUGGUCCGAUUCCUGCAGCUGUUCAGCCAGCCGGACGUGGUGCAGCAGACCAAGAUGGACGCCAGCAACCUGGCCAUGGUGUUCGCGCCCAAUGUGCUGCGCUGCCGCUCGCUCGAGUCGCACGUGGUGCUCGAGAACGCGCGCAAGGCCAUGGCCGUGAUGAAGACGCUCAUCCAGCACAUGGACACAAAGUGUAUGGAGGGCGUGGUCUGAGGCGGCGGCGGCUCGGCCAGCCGCUCCAGUCGGGCGCACACCAAAGAUGGGACGGGAGUCGGGGAGGGGACACCUAGUCACGAGGGCGGCCGUCGCCGGCAGCUGAGGCGCAGCUGGACGAAGGGGCGCGGACCGGGGCCCCGCCGGGUGGUGUCCAGACCCGCACUGCGGCCGCCACGAGCGAUCUUCAUUUUCUAUGCGAGUUGCGACAAUCGAGUGAUGUUUGAGCGCUCUGCUCGACGGCGGGCGGCACGGCGCGGCGAGUGUGGCGCGGUGCGCGCGCGAGUCAGGCCUGUUUCUCCGCAGCUGUUGACUGUACCUACACUCUCACGUUUCGUCGGGCCGUCAGCUGGCCCGUCGUGCUGCAGCUGAGGCCGCGGAUGGCCCGCUUACCAUGUGUAGCUGUUCAUUAUGCCAGUGUUUAUUUAUUAUAUAUACGUCUAUCAUAUCGGCGCGAUGUUGCGUUAUUCGAGUCGGUGCCGUCUUCAUAUGUGUUCAUAUGUGUUCCUCGGUCGCCGCCAAUACACUUUAGCAGCUGA